CACUGCGUUGAUUUAACAGGACGACCAGCUUUUAGUUGUCAUCUCAAGUUUGCUAUAGCUCCCGUGAGCACACCCAGUCUUCCUUACCAAUUUUUAAUAGUCGAGGGAGGAGAGUUUAAACCUGAUAGUUGGUAUGGAUCCAUUCAACGUAAAGAGUUCUGUUUGGUAUCUAUUGUUGGAGAGAAACGUCUACUCAAAUCAUCAACUAAUGGAGACGAGUCAGAGGAAGAGGAGGAGCAGCAAGAGGAACAAGCAGAAGAAGAAACUGAGGAAGAAGUGGAAGAUGGUAAUAGUGAUUCAUCCAGUGAUUCUGAUAAGUCUAAAGAUCCACCAGGAGGUAGGAGUGGAGGACAAGGAGAGUCUACUAGUAAUGAGGGAGUAGAGGAAGAGGGGGAGACUGGAGGUGAGCCAUUACAUGAGGGAAAUGAAGAGCAAGAUAAUGAAAGAGUAGAAGAGUCAAAGGAUCAUGAAGAACCACAGCAUGAAGAAGCAACUGCUCCAAUACCUUGUACUGAGAUUAGUUCAGAUUUUAAUAAUAAAAUGGUUGUUUCCACUGGCAUAGUAGAGAAUAUGACAUAUGCUGGACAGAUUUAUUAUGAGGAGAAAAGAGCUAAAGAAUUGGUGACCUUCACUGCAGCUGAGAAAUUGAGUGCACUCAUUGAGUUCAUUGAGAAGAAACACGUACAAGCUGAGAUUGAUCAACAUGUUUAUUUUUCUUUCAAUCCUUCCUAUUCAUAUAUUGAAUUAAAGUUUGAUGCUCCACAAGAUGAGCCAUUCACUGGUUGGAGAUAAGCC